GGAGGAGGCGCGGCGGGAGCGCGAAGCGCCUCCUCAGGGGCCGGCGCGCCGCCCCCCCCACGUGACGGCCGGCGGCCAAUCGGGCGGCGCACGUGACGGGGGCGGGGCCAGCGGCGGCGGCCAUGGAGGAGUACGCGCGGGAGCCCUGCCCCUGGCGCAUCGUGGACGACUGCGGCGGCGCCUUCACCAUGGGCGUCAUCGGCGGCGGCGUCUUCCAGGCCGUCAAGGGCUUCCGCAACGCCCCCGCGGUGAGUCCCCGCCCCCGGCCACGCCCACCGCGGGGCGGGGUCUCUCUGGCCCCGCCCACCGCGGGGCGGGGCCUCAUCCCCCCCCCCCCCCGGCAGGGCGUCCGCCAUCGUCUGCGGGGCAGCGCCAGCGCCGUCCGCGUCCGGGCGCCCCAGAUCGGAGGCAGCUUCGCGGUGUGGGGCGGGCUCUUCUCCACCAUCGACUGCGGGCUGGUGCGGCUGCGGGGCCGCGAGGACCCCUGGAACUCCAUCGCCUCCGGAGCCCUCACCGGCGCCGUCCUCGCCUCCCGCAGCGGCCCCCUGGCCAUGGUGGGCUCGGCCAUGAUGGGGGGGAUCCUGCUGGCGCUCAUCGAGGGGGUGGGGAUCCUGCUGACCCGCUACACGGCCCCCCAGUUCCACAACCCGAGCCCCUUCGCCGAGGACCCCUCCCAGCUGCCGGCCCGGCCCCCCCACGGCGACGCCCCCUCCCUGUGACGCUGCUCGGCCCCGCCCCCCGGUGGCCCCUCCUACCAGGAGGCCCCGCCCUCGGAGGCCCCUCCCACCAGGAGGCCCCGCCCCCACUCUUUUGGAUGUGUUUUUUUUCACGACAAAUACAGACGUUUUGGGCAA